UACUCAAUUCUGGGUUUGAUUCUUAUUUUCAUGAAAAUAAGGUUUGAGUUCAAGUAUAAAAGAUGGCGUGGAAUGGAGUUAAUUAGAGAGCUUCCAUGACUUCUUUCAAUGGGAAAGAAAAGGAGCUGGUUUAGUUGGGUAAAGAAGAUUUUCUCUUCUGAUGCAAAGCCAAAAAUUGAAAAGAAAUCAAAGAGGUGUAGAUGGAUUUUUGGAAGACUGAAGCUCAAGCAAUACCACCCUGCACUGGCGGCACCUCCGCAGAAAUCGUUGUGUCAAGCAACGGAAGAGCAACGAAAGCAUGCUUUGAACGUCGCCAUCGCCACUGCCGCUGCAGCCGAGGCCGCGGUUGCCGCCGCACAAGCCGCGGCAGAGGUUGUCCGUCUUGUGGGAGCAUCUAAAUCUUUCCAUCAUUUCACAGCAAAGGACAGGAAUCGGGCUGCUAUUAAGAUACAAGCCGCUUUCCGGGCACAUCUGGCAAGGAAAGCCCUACGGGCACUAAGGGGACUGGUGAAACUCCAAGCCAUCAUCCGCGGCGAAGUCGUGCGACAUCAAGCAAUGAAAACUAUGAAGUGCUUGCAAUCUGAUACAAAAAUGUACCAAGAGAUCAAGGAGAAGAGCAUUUCUACACCAAAACUUGUUUGUCCAGACACGAGGAAAAAUCAGAGUCUCGUAAACAAAGAUGAGUUGCAGGACACGGAUAUCAUUAAACAUGAUUACUAUAGUCAAAGGGGUUGGAAUGACCGUGCGGUUUCUAAAGAAGAAGCUGAAGCCAUAUCCUUAAGAAGGAAGGAAGCAAUGGCCAAAAGAGAGCGUAUGAAGAAAUACUCAUAUUCUCAUCGGGAGAGAGCGAGUACUCGAAUGCUCGAUGAAUCCAUGCGUAUCAAAGAAACCGGAAGGAACAGCUUUGUGGAAGCAGAAGCAAAUGCCGAGGGAAAUAGAAAUGAAAGAGUGAUGAUUUUAACAUCCAACAAAGCUUUGAACUCGGGUACAUGGGAAGUACAUGGCCUACCUCAUAUUCGAUUUAGAAAUUUGCAAAAGCAAGACAUGCUAGACGGACUGAACUCGCCGUUUUCGUUUCCAAGAAGAUCGUUCUGUCGUGCCAGAGACGAGACUUCGGUUCCAAGUUCCCCAGUUUUUCCAACAUAUAUGGCUGCAACAGAAUCUGCAAAAGCGAAGGCAAGGUCAAUGAGCACACCAAGGCAGCGGCUCGGAUUUUCCGAAACCUGCUUCGAGUAUAACAUGCCACACAAGGGUGGACUUUCCUUUUGGUCCACAUACAAUGGUGAGACACUAGGCAUCAAUGAGAAGAACAGUCUGUCCAUGAAACGACUUCCCUGAGUUCCCCAGAGCAUCAUAUUACAAGGAAGAUCUUUCAUGUGCUGUACAUGAUGAGAAAUAUAGAUAACUGCUUGUUUGUUUGUUUUCUUUUUAUUGUGUAAAAAGGGUUUGGAAAGGUUUUUGUGCCAAAUAAUGAGCAAUGCAAGAUUUGGCUUGUAUUUCAAAGAAAAA